ACAGAACACAGUUGGGCUCUGAAGCUUCACUGUUCUUCAGUCUCAGUUCCUGGAAAGCCUCUCCUCUGCCGAGACCAUGAAGCUCUGUGUGACCGUCCUUUCUCUCCUUGUGCUAGUGGCUGCCUUCUGUUCCCCGGCGCUCUCAGCACCAAUGGGUUCAGACCCUCCUACCGCCUGCUGCUUCUCUUACACCCUGCGGAAGAUUCCUCGCAACUUUGUGACAGAUUACUUUGAGACCAGCAGUCUCUGCUCCCAGCCAGCUGUGGUAUUCCAAACCAGAAAGGGCAGACAAGUCUGUGCUAAUCCCAGCGAGCCCUGGGUCCAGGAAUACAUGGAUGAUCUGGAACUGAACUGAGCUGCUCCAGGUCAAGGUGCAGGAGGUCUCCAGGGAAGGUCACCUGAGCCCAAUGCUUCUCAUGAGAUGCACCUUCUCCACACUCAAGACUCUUCUCAGUAGACUGUUCCUUCUCUUAAUUUAAUCGUAUUAUGGGUUGUUAUUGUAUUUGAACUUAUUUCUAUUAUUUGUUUUGCCAAAGGACACUUACUUGUCCCCCAUGGGGAUAGUCUACCAUCAUUGUUUCUCUGCUAUUGUAGAUAU